AAGGACGUUGGUCAAACUGGUCUCGAUCCUGGGAAUCCCUGGGUAAUUGGAGAGCAUGAUUCAGAUAGCCCCCGGCAGACCACCGCCUGGACUCUGUUGAAGGAAAGAUGGUUGAAUUCCAUCUUCAAUCCUGUGCCCAAGAUCCGAUCAGUGGAGGAUAUUUGGGACAAAGAAAAAGAAGAAGAGGAAGUGGAAGAGGAAGAAAGGGAGGAGGAGAAUGUAGACCAAGAACAAGAGAAAGAAGAAAACAGGAUCAAGACCCUUUUCGGAGUUCCCAAGAAAGACCCAGUGUGGAGCUUCAUGUCUUGGCCCAGGCCCUUCCCAGAGCAAGUCUGGUGGUGGGAAGACUUCUCCCUGCCCCCACUUCGAGGACCCUGCCUCUGCAGAUGCAAACUGGGCACAAAGAUGAGGCUCCGCCCCCUACCCUCCCUGACCUCCUGCUCCACCCCUAAACCCUUUCCCUUAGUGGCAUCCAGAGAAGAGCCUAGCUGGCUAAGAAACCAGCCUGUGAUGCAGCCUCCACCAACGUACAGACUGAAGACCCCUAAGACAGUGCCCAAACUUCCUCCCAAGGUCUCCCCUAAGAGACCUACUGCUCCCAAGGCCGGGCAACAGCAGACCGCAGUGUCAACGUGGCCUCCAAUAACUAUGAGCUCCAUUUCAAAGAGCUCUGCUCUUAAGGGACAGCAUAAACCCUCUACCACAGAGGCCUCUCAUAUCCCAGGUGCCUGGGGCAAUCCUUUACCUCACCUUUCUUCAAAAUAAAUAUUUU